AUGACUUCGAAAAGCAUAGUGUGCAUUAUUGGAACCACGGGGGUUGGGAAAUCCCAGACCUCGCUAAAAAGUUCAAUGGUGAGAUCAUAA